GGUUGCUUGGCAUCGUUGAUAUUCACUUCAGACUGUGAAGUGAAGAAGCCGAAGCUGCAAAGAUGCAGAUAUUCGUGAAAACCCUAACUGGGAAGACCAUAACCCUUGAGGUCGAGAGCAGCGACACCAUUGACAAUGUCAAAGCUAAGAUUCAAGACAAAGAAGGCAUUCCACCGGAUCAGCAGCGUUUGAUCUUCGCCGGAAAGCAGCUGGAAGAUGGGCGAACCCUAGCGGAUUACAACAUCCAGAAGGAAUCAACUCUUCAUCUUGUCCUCAGGCUUCGCGGUGGUAUCAUUGAACCUUCAUUGAUGGCUCUUGCUCGCAAAUACAAUCAAGACAAGAUGAUUUGCCGCAAAUGCUAUGCUCGUUUACAUCCGAGAGCCGUGAACUGCCGCAAAAAGAAGUGUGGUCAUAGUAAUCAGUUGAGGCCAAAGAAGAAGAUCAAGUAAAUUCUGUUAUUGUUGUUGGACCUUGAUACUCAGAUUAUUGUUCUAAUGGUUUUACAUGAAUCAAUUCUCAUAUGUUUUUUACAUGAUGAUAAAUGUUUUAGAAUUUAUCUUUUGUAACAAUGGAUUAUAUUAUGCGAUGAUGACUUAAUGGUCUAUUUUGAGUUGUUUUGGUUCUAUUGUGCAAGAACAACACCUUAUUUCUUGUAUGAUUGAUGCAGCUUUGGUAACACGAAAUGGGAAUGUAAGGGUUAACUAUGUUUAACCAAGGACCAGAUUAUUGCUCUAAUAGUUUUAUUUGAUGUUUAAUGUUUUAGAA